AUGGAUACUGACGUUUGCCCCCAUAAUCCCCCACCCAAAAAAAAUUUUGCGGAAGCCGAUAAAAUAAUUCACUUAGAUUAUCCCCAAUUAAGGCGAGCCACCAACUAUGUUAACGAUAUUAUUGAGGAAGAGAUUGCCAGCGGAAUUCCACCUGAAAAAAUUUUCGUGGCUGGUUAUUCCCAAGGCGGCUUAUUAACUUUGGCUAUCGCCUUAACUUCUCAGCAUAAAUUAGGCGGAUUUAUUUCGCUGUGCGACGAAUGGGUUCCUUUUUGGACUGGCAAAAAAUCUUUUGACCUUUUAAAAGAAAAAGGCUAUAAUGUGGAGUUUAAAACCCGACCAGGACGCGGUCAUGGCUGA